GGCAGGUCGUUGGUGAGUUUCUGCCUGUUCUUCGGCGGUACGUCCCUCCUCACCAUGUCGUGCACGUUGUUGUCGAGCGGCGUCUGGUGCUUGCUGGUUCGAUUGCCGGUGAUCCAUCUGGUACAAGGGCCGGCGAGUAUCCUGGUGGUCUUGACCGGUUACAUGGUGGUCGCAGGAGCGAUCACGUUCCCCGCCUCGUGCCUCCUGUACAGGGAACACAACGUGACCGAGCCUCAUCGCCCUCUGCUCCCGGUGAUCGCGUUGCUCUCCAUAUGCACGGUAUUCCUGACCUGCUGCGCGGUCCACGCAAUCGUCUACCGCAAAUCCGCUUACUCCGAUGUCGAGGACUCGGUCAUAUCAUCCGUGAGUAUAAGUCCGAAUUCUGUUCCACUUCUGUGCCACGGACUCGAACCUGAAACGCGUUCCGACAACUUUAAUACGCUUGUCAUCCGACGAGCUGAUUGCCUCGCGAUUCAGGUCAAUGUUUAG